AUGCAACACAUUGAUUCCGCCAAGUUAUACGCUGAUGGUAGCUAUCGUUUUGAAUACGUCUCUAAAUUUAUGGAUUUUGGCGCUGAGGAUAUCAAAGCAAUCGAGGCUGUAGCUGACAAGAUUCGCCCUUUGGUUCCCGUUGUUGUGGAUGCCGUCUAUACCAAGCUCUUUGAAUUUGAUGUCACCAAGAAGCAUUUCAUUCCCAAGAAUGAAGGUUUUGAUGGCCAAGCUCCCACUUCUUUGGAAGACUUGACGCUCGACCAUCCUCAAAUCAAGUUUCGCAAGGAUUUCUUGAGCAAAUAUCUCAACAAGGUGCUUUCUGGUCCUUAUGAUGAUCGUUUCCUUCGUUAUCUUGACUGGGUUGCUCGUAUUCACACUGAUACUCCUGACAAGAAGAGCAAGAUCAACGUGGAUUAUAUUCAUAUCAAUGCUUUGAUGGGAUUUGUUGAAUCUACUUUGGCUGGUGGUUUGUUGUCCCUCGACUUGGAUCGCGAGACAGAAGCAAAGGCUCUUUUAGCUUUUAACAAGGUGCUUUGGAUUCAGAAUGAUUACUUUGCCAAAUACUAUUGUAAUCCUGAGACUAUUCAUGACGCUAAUGUCGUUUCAAAGAACACAAAGCAAGGCUGCAUUGCUGCUUUGACCACGACUGCUGCUAUUCUUCCUCUUGCUGUGGGUGUCAUUGCUGGUGCUUUUGGUGCUUAUUAUCGAUUACGCCGUGCUUAA